AUGACUGGAAUGGCGACAAAUACCGAACAGGCUAGCUUGGAAUUUGCGGAUCAAACGCUGCUGGGAACUGACGGCGGCGCAGAACAGGGACCUAUCAUCCGGGUCGAUUCUGUGUGGAAGAUAUUCGGCCGAAAUCCGGAAAGAGUGCUGGGAUCAGAGCAUUCCAGCAAGAGCAAGCCUGAGCUGCAGUCGGAACUGGGAGUAGUUAUAGGCCUGAGCGACGUAUCGUUCGAAGUGCAGAAGGGAGAGACUUUCGUCAUCAUGGGAUUGUCGGGCAGCGGCAAGUCGACCAUGGUGCGCUGCCUCAUCCGACUGAUCGAGCCAACCUCGGGCAGCAUCUUCAUCGACGGGCAUGACGUAACCGCGAUGGACGAUAAGCGGCUGAUGGAGUUCCGCCGCGACAAGAUAGCCAUGGUGUUUCAGCACUACGGGCUCAUGCCCCAUCGCAACGUUCUGGAAAACGCGUCUUGGGGACUGGAGGUGCUCGAAAUGGUGGGGCUGGGCGGAUGGGAGAUGUCCUACCCCCGCCAACUCUCGGGCGGAAUGCAGCAGCGCGUCGGCUUGGCCCGUGCCUUGGUGGUGAACACCGAUAUCCUGCUGAUGGAUGAGCCGUUCAGCGGCCUCGACCCUCUCAUCCGCCGUCAGAUGCAGGACGAACUCCUAAGGCUUCAGGAAGAACUACAGAAGACCAUAGUGUUCAUCACCCACGACUUGAACGAGGCUCUCAAACUCGGGAGUCGCAUCGCCAUCAUGCAGGAUGGCCGAGUGGUGCAGAUCGGCUCCCCGGAGGACAUCGUGCUCCGCCCCGAGGACCAGUACGUCGGUGAUUUCACGCAAGAUGUCCGGCUGGAGAGCGUGCUCACCGCCAGCCGAGUGAUGGUGACUCCAAAGGCCACGGUCCUGGGGCAUCAGGGGCCGCGGGCAGCACUGCACACCAUCGCAGACAGUGACGGCGACGCCGCGUGGAUCGUGGAUCGCCGUCAGAGAUACAUUGGCAUUCUCACUAUCGCCAAGGCCAACCAGGCGCUGAGGGCGGGUAUCAACCGGCUGGACCUGGGGUUGGGAUAUGUUGACCAGGGUUAUGAGACAGUUAGCCCGGAUACUACCUUCGACGUGCUGAUUCCGCUGGCCAUGGCCAGCGAUUACCCCGUACCGGUUACCGACCGAGACAACAAGCUCGUUGGUGAGAUUCACCGUAGUGCUCUGGCUGAGGCUCUGGCCGAGACUUCAACCGCCGACCAGGAUUUCGAGGCAAACGUCGCCGCCAACGCGGCCCUCGCAGCCGAGACCGAGGCGGAACUGGAAUACGACAGUGGCUAA